CAAUUCAUUUCUCACCUCCACCCCUUUCGCUUUCUCUCCCUAAACUCCAUUUCUCUUUCUGUCUAUACACACAGAUCAUGUUUAUAUUUAUAUAUGCAUAUACAUUAUAUAACUGUAUAUAUUAUUAACCAAAUUUGGAUUGAGUGGAAAAUGAAGCGGAAGUGCUCGUGUUGUAACGCCGAUGGGCAUAACUCGCGCACUUGUCCAGUGAGGACGGGGAAAGAGAUCGACGGUGGUGGUGGGAGCGGUGGCUGCGGAGACGGAGACGGAGGCCCUGAUGGCGGUGGAUUUACGCUGUUUGGGGUGCGGUUGAUAGAUGGAUCGUACAUUAAGAAGAGUUUUAGCAUGGGUAACCUCGCAAACUACCAUUCCUCCUCCUCCUCUGCUGCCGCGCCGGAUUCGCCGGAUGGGUAUCAUUCCGACGGUCCGCGUGGCGCUUCUGCUUCUGCUGCUCUCCCUCCAGCCCAGAAAAGAAAAGGUGUUCCAUGGACACACGAAGAGCAUCAACAAUUCCUUCUUGGUCUGCAGAGAUUUGGGAAAGGAGAGUGGCGGCAUAUAUCAAGAAACUUUGUUCCAUCAAAGACUCCAACCCAGGUAGCAAGCCAUGCCCAAAAGUUCUUUAAUCGUCACUGUAAUUCAGCAACUCGAGGAAAGAGAAGAUCCAGCCUCUUCGACAUGGUGCUGGACACGGCUAAAAAUCCAUCGUCAACUCCAGCACUAUUUAGUAUCCCUCCUCAAGCAGCGGGAACUGACAACAAACAACUUAUGCUUUUGUCUUCUCAAGUGGCAGAAACCAAUCGUUCAGUGCCUUCUCUCGAUCUUUCUCUCAAGCCAGCUUUUUCUCCUUUACCAAUUCAACCGUGGCCACCAAAUUCAGCCUCUCUAGAGAAUGGUGGAGUAGCUGUUUCUGAUCAUCAGAACUUCAAGACAAUUCCAGUCAAUUUAAAAGAAGCAGUAAACGUUGAGGGGCUGAUGGGUAUGUCCCAGCUGAGUCUAGGAACGGCUGGCAGUGGCAAUAUCAAAGAAUUACCACUCUCACUUGGGCUACCAGGGGAGAUUUAAACGCAAUCGGCAUUUCACCCAAGUGCUCAGCAGCUCUUGUCAAAUCAAGGGUGAAGCUAGUCAGGUCCAAGCAGUUUGCAGUACAGUAAAAUAGUGGAUUAUCACUCUCCUUCCUCGUAUCAGUUGCAUACUUCUCUUUCUUGCUUUCAUCUUUCAUCUAGACAUAUUGUAGAGUGAUAUAGGUUUAUUGGCUUUGAACUGCAAUAUAUAUAGAGAGAGAGGGAGAGAAUUUUCGUAAUGGGAUUAUGGCAAAACGAGCUGAUCAUGUGUGAAUAAAGGUAGUGAUUUUCUUAUGCUUCA